CCUGUCAAUUCUUUUGAAAGUCUCAUCAUAUAAGUUGAACACCUUCUGAAUGAGCACAAAGAUUUGAAGGUGCUAACAUGCAGGGGACAAACCACAUGACAGCCAGUAAGUGAGCAGAGGCCAUGGACUAUCCCCCAGCAAGACAGUCGCCGCUGGAGUCCUCGGGAAGUAUCUGAAUGUAGGCUGCCGCAGUCCUGAAGGUUGAUGGAGGGCCAUGCUAUUCAAACAGCAGGCGUGGCUGAGACAGAAGCUGCUGGUGCUGGGAAGCCUUGCCCUUGGGAGUCUCCUGUAUCUAGUCGCCAGAGUUGGGAGCUUGGAUAGGCUCCAACCUAUCUGCCCCAUUGAAGGCCGGUUUGGUAGUGCCCACAGCCAGGUCGAGUUCCCCAUCCGUGCCCUGCAGUCCAAGCGUGGCCUGCUGCAUGAGUUCCGGAAGGGCAACGCUUCCAGGGAGCAGGGUCGCCUCCAUGAUCUGGUCCAGCAGCUCCCCAAGGCCAUCAUCAUUGGCGUGAGAAAGGGAGGCACCAGGGCCCUGCUGGAGAUGCUUAACCUCCACCCAGCGGUGGUCAAGGCCUCCCAGGAAAUCCACUUUUUUGACAAUGAUGAGAAUUACGCCAAGGGCAUGGAGUGGUACAGGAAAAAGAUGCCUUUCUCCUACCCUCAGCAAAUCACAAUCGAGAAGAGCCCUGCGUACUUCAUCACGGAGGAGGUCCCCGAGAGGAUCUACAAGAUGAACUCAUCCAUCAAGCUGCUGGUCAUUGUCCGGGAGCCCACCACGAGAGCUAUCUCGGAUUACACUCAGGUGCUGGAGGGGAAGGAGAGGAAGAACAAGACCUACUACAAGUUCGAGAAGUUGGCCAUAGACCCCAACACCUGCGAAGUGAACACCAAAUAUAAGGCAGUGAGGACCAGCAUCUACACCAAGCAUCUGGAGCGAUGGUUGAAAUACUUUCCAAUUGAGCAGUUUCAUGUCGUUGACGGUGACCGCCUCAUCACGGAACCACUGCCGGAACUUCAGCUCGUGGAGAAGUUCCUGAACCUCCCUCCCAGGAUAAGUCAGUACAAUCUGUAUUUCAACGCGACCCGAGGGUUUUAUUGCUUGCGAUUUAACAUUAUCUUUAAUAAGUGCCUGGCGGGCAGCAAGGGGCGCAUUCAUCCAGAAGUGGACCCCUCUGUCAUUACCAAAUUGCGCAAAUUCUUUCACCCUUUCAAUCAAAAAUUUUACCAGAUUACCGGGAGGACAUUGAACUGGCCCUAAAGUCACAUGCCAUGCAACACUGUGUGUUGUGCCUGGAGGUACCCAAUGUCUCCUCUAGAUUAAAAUAUGCACCUUUCCUAGACACAGUUAUCCAAGUCAUUUUUCCAUGUAUAUGUGUACGUACGCAGUGUGUGACCAAAUAUAAGAGCAGUUUUUUUCCUACUGAAAAUUUACAAAAAAAAAUUGCUGUCUGCAUAGUUGCAACUUUUAAGCUAUUUACAAAAAAAAAGAGGUGGUGGUAUCGGGGAAAGUGACUCUAGCUAUUCUCAGAGUUUGUCUUCCUUUGAUUCAGAAUCUGUCACCCGCCAUUUUCAUAGAUUUACGCCAAAAGAUAAAUGUGUGAAAACGUACCAAUGGCUUCGAGGCUUCAGAAAGCAGAGGAUCCAGUGAUGCAUUUUUUUUCUAUGGGAAAGUUGGCUCUUUAAUUCAGUUGCUGAAUUGGUGCCAUGAACACAGAAAAUGCUAUUUUCUUAUUAUUUAAAAGAAUGUCUUAUCUCCUAAAAUCAACACUGUUCCAAAGUCCCCGUGGUGAUUUUGCACUAUUGUUUUAUUGUAUGGACCAUGUGUCACGUGUAGCAUGUCAGUCACAUGUUGGAAAGUCAAGUCCUUUACUUCCAUGUUGUAUGUUAACAGAAAAAACACCGUGUACAUAGUGUAUAUGGGUGUAAAUACUGGUUUCACACUAAGUAAUUCUAUUUUGUAAACCAAAUAUGGCUAUUUAAUUUAUUGUGGAAAUUAAAUUUAUUGUGGUAUUUAAAAUGGAAUGGAUUAAAGUUACUCUACGUGCA